GGUCAAAAAGCUGCAGUGUCUCCAAGUCCGGAAUGCUGCCAACAUCCGUGUUCGGAAGGCCAAACUUGGAGGCCAGUCCAUAAAGGCCAGCCAGGUGGCAAACGAGGAGGUCCUGCAGGACCUCAUCCGUACCGAUGCUGCAUACCGGGACUUCAAGCAGCUACGAGAAAGCCCCGACUACUGGGACAAGGCCAAAAAGGACUUGUUUGCGAUGCUGCGGCAGCUAGGCCAGCCAACCUUCUUCAUGACUCUAUCUGCCGCAGACCUCCAGUGGCCAGACCUCCUACGAUGCCUGUACGAGCAGCAGCAUGGGCAGCCCCUCAGCGAUGAUAACCUUGCUGCCUUGACAGCAACCCAGCGGAUGGACCUGGUUCGAAAUGACC